AUGGUGGUGAGAAAUAUUCAAUCACCAUUACAUCGGAAUUUCGCAAACCUGACGAACCCACACACAUGCAACGAAUUCAAGUUAUUCCAUGGUGAAGUUGUUCAGUCGACAUUGGAAGAGAAGCAAUUCCCUCUAGCAUUCAGUCUUGCCGUUCAUGCGAAUAUUAAACAGGCGGCUCGUCUUCUCCGUUUGAUCUAUAGAUCACAUAAUAUGUAUUGUAUCCAUGUGGAUUCUAAGUCGCCACAAUUGUUUUAUGAUGAAGUGAUGCAGUUGGCCAGAUGUUUCGGUUCAAAUGUGAUAGUAGUGAAUCGAUCAGAAAGUGUGAAUGUGAAGUGGGGAUAUUACUCUGUGCUUGAAGUGUUUCUCCUUUGUGCAGAGAAGUUGAUAAAUAACAGUGAGAUUAUUUGGAAGUAUAUUCUGAAUGUGAGUGGUCAAGAGUUGCCACUUCGAACCAAUUGGGAAUUGGUUGCAUUGUUGAAAGCGAUGAAUGGAUCAAAUAUAGUUGAGAAUUUGGGACCUAAGCAUAAUCCAGAACGUUGGCCAAAGAAGAAUCUCACGUUUCCAAUAAUUUGGAGUAAAGGCAGCUUUUACAUGGCAUUGAAGCGGGAUUUUGUUUAUUUCUAUCAAACCGAUCCGAAGGCAAAGGAAAUACUAGAUGCGUUAAAAGCAGAGAGGAAUGUGAUGAAGCAUCCAGAUGAGUUGUUUUUCUCUACAUUGAAUUCCAAUCCGUUGCUUGGUGCGCCUGGUUCCUGCAAUCAAACAUAUCUGACUUCCUACGAAGAUGUGCGAGCGAAAUACAUAGGACGUUAUGUGAAGUGGGCCGAUAGACCCUGUAGACGUGGAAAAAAUCGCCGUGGUAUAUGUCUUAUUGGUAUCUCCAUUCUUCCAUACAUUCCGGAGCGAAUGGAACUAUUUGCUAACAAAUUCAGUGAAACAUUUGAACCGAUCGCUUAUGAUUGUACAGAGAAUUAUAUUAUGGAAAAGGUUCUGACCGAAAUGAAAACUCAUCAACUCAAUCCAAAUUUUAAUUUGUUCCAAGGUCAUAUCGUUCAAUCCUCAAUGGAAGAAAAACAAUUUCCUCUUGCAUUCAGUAUAUCUGUUCACACUAAUAUCAAACAAGUGGCACGUCUCUUUCGUCUGAUAUACAGAUCACACAAUUUAUAUUGUAUUCAUGUUGAUUCUAAAUCCUCAACCGAAUUUUAUGACCAAGUGUUAGAGUUGGCCAAAUGUUUUGGUUUAAAUGUUAUAGUGUUGAAUCGAUCGGAAAGUAUAAAUAUCCGGUGGGGAUAUUAUUCCAUACUUGAAGCGUUUCUUCUUUGUGCGGAUAAAUUAAUGAAAAAUACUGAUUAUCCAUGGAAAUAUCUACUUAAUGUGAAUGGUCAAGAAUUGCCUUUGAGGACAAACUGGGAAUUGGUUGCAGCACUGAAAGCAAUAAACGGGUCAAAUGUUGUUGAAGGCUUAGGACCAAAGUUUAACCCAUCACGUUGGCCUAAAAAGAAAUUAUCAUUUCCCAUUAUUUGGAACAAGGGGAGUUUUUACAUGGCAUUAAAACGGGAGUUUGUUCAAUUUUAUCAAACUGAUCAAAAAGCAAAUGAAUUACUCGAAGCAAUCAAAGCAGAAAAACAUUUAAAAAAACAUCCAGAUGAAUUAUUUUUUCCUACACUAACUCAUAAUCCACUACUUGGUGCACCUGGUGCUUGUAAUGAAAUUCAUCGUACCAAUAAAUCAGAUUCAAGGAAAAAAUUUAUAGCCCGUUAUGUAACAUGGUUUCAUGAAGGUUGCAAAAGUCCCAGAGUACGUCGUGGUGUUUGUAUUAUAGGCAUAAAUGACCUUCCGUAUUUAACAUCAGGAAUAGAAUUUUUCGCUAACAAGUUUCAUGAUGAUUUUGAACCGAUGGCAUAUGACUGUACAGAGUAUUAUAUUAUGAAAAAAGUUUUAAAUGAGAUGAAGAGUAAACAACUAGAUCCAAACUUUGAUGUCACACACUAUUCUAUGCUACAUUGUUCACAAAAUCAUAUCUAG